CCGAGUACCGCGAAUUUAUAAGCGCGUGAUAUAUUUUAAAAAACUUUGGGAAAAGUCACUGUAAAUAAGCUUCUUAAAUAAAAAUUCAAGCAUCUAACAAAUAUCUUCACAUUUUAGUUUAGUAUUUUCGGAAAAAAAAUAUUCCUGAUCGCCUCAAGCACAAAAAAUAAAAAUGGGCUUAAAUAUUGACAAUUUUUUAGAAGACCAAAGUAAAGUUGAAAGAUUCGAAUGUCCGGUGUGCCUUGAUGGGUAUGAAAACCCAUCUACAAUUAAAGUUUGCGGGCAUACCUUCUGUAAGGCAUGUAUACUAGAAUGGAGAGAGCGCCACAGCUCCUGUCCAAUGUGUCGCUCCAGUUUUGGUUUGGGGGACUUAAAGAAUUUCAGAGGGAAGCUGUACAACACUUAUCUGAACUUUAAGCUAAAGUGCGACAACGAGGGUUGCAUGACAAUUAUAACAGUGGGUGGGCGAAAGGCUCACCUUAAGCGUUGUGCUUAUAAGCCCAAGCCAGAAGACUAGUUAAUGGAUCUUACAAGAAAAUUUCAUCUCUUACCGAAAAAAAACAAAA